UUUUUUUCUCAGUGAAAUCUGGCCCUGGAUAAAAUGUCUUCUCUGCUAUUUAUACUCUUUAGUGUUGUUGGUUUGGUUCAGUAAGAUCUCAAACAUGGCUCAGCAGGAAUACAAUAUGCUUAGUGACAAAAUGUUCACCUACAAAGGAACUGUCAUAGCUUUGACAGAAAAUCAUGAUCUUACUCCAGAAUAUAUUGACAGUUUAGAGGAUUUUGAAACAAAGGAUGAUGAUGUUUUUGUUGUUACCUUCCCCAAAUCUGGUACGGUGUGGACCCAACGGAUCAUAACGUUAAUAUACGCAGAAGAUUUCCCGGACAAAGCCAACCAAAUCACAUCCGAGCAGAUGCCUUGGCUGGAGUAUCGGAUAACGGGGAGAGAUUACAACACACGUCCAUCUCCAAGACUCCUCUGCUCCCAUUUACUCCAGCCGCUGAUGCCCAAAAUGCUGCAAAGAAAAGGAAAAGUCAUCUAUGUCAUGAGAAACCCUAAAGAUAUCAUGGUGUCAUAUUUCCAUUUUUCUAACAACAUGAAAAACCUGGAUUCUUCCGAGAGCUUCGAUGAGAUGCUGGAAAAAUUCUUCACCGGAUGCAUGAUUGGUGGCUGUUGGUUUGACCAUGUUAAAGGAUGGAUCACAAAUAAUGAAAAAUACAACAUCCUGAUCCUUACUUAUGAAGAAAUGAUCAAGGACCUCAGAUCCGUUGUUGUGAAAAUCUGUGAGUUUGUGGGAAAGAAUCUGUCAGAUGCAGCGAUUGAUAAAGUGGUGGAGGCAGCCACGUUCAAGCACAUGAAGAAAGACCCCUUGGCCAACUAUGAAUCCCUUUCUCUGACUUUCACAGAGCAUCCAAAAGGACUUUUUUUGCGCAAAGGAACAGUUGGGGACUGGAAGAACUCUUUAACUGUGGCUCAGAGUGAAUGUUUUGACCGCGUCUACCAAGAAAGAAUGAAGGACGUACCUCUUAACAUGGUCUGGGACAUCUCAGAAUUUCAGGGAUGAAAACUCAAGCUGUGGCAUUCAUUUUACAAACUAAUAAACCAUUAAUAUGUGAAUGGAUGUGUUGGCUAUAAUAUCAAAACAGAUAACAGUCAGGGAGUGAUGAGGAUUAUUGACCUUCUUAACUUUAUGAUUACAUAUUAUGUACAAAGCCUGAUAAUACAAAUUUAGGAUGAAGAAAUGAGUCCAAAGGUUGGCCAUUAACUACACAAAAAUAAACAACUUUGAAUUGUGUAACAGCUCUUUUCUCAAUGAAAGCUGCCUCUGGAUAUAUCAAGGUCUUCUCCUCUAUUUACUGUGUUGUUGGUUUGGUUCAGUAAGAUCUCAAACAUGGCUCAGCAGGAAUACAAAAUGCUUGGUGACAAAGUGUUCACUUACAAAGGAACUGUCAUAACUUUAGGGAACAAUCAUGAUCUUACUCCAGAAUAUAUUGACAGUUUAGAGGAUUUUGAAACAAAGGAUGAUGAUGUUUUUGUUGUUACCCUCACUCUUAAAAAUAAAGGUGCUUCACGAUGCCAUAGAAGAACCUUUUUGUCUAAAUGGUUCCAUAAAGAACCUUUAACAUCUGAAGAACCUUUCUGUUUCCCAAAAGAUUCUUUGUGGCGAAAGAAGGUUUUUCAGAUUAUAAAAAGGUAAAAAAGAGAUGGUUCUUUAAAGAAUCUUUGACUGAAUGGUUCUUUGUGGAACUAAAAUGGUUCUUCUAUGGCAUCGCUGUGAAGAACCUUUUAAGCACCUUUAUUUUUAAGAGUGUUCCCCAAAUCUGGUAGCUAUGUGAGAUUUUAGGCUAUGUUAAUGAGUUGUCUAUUUAAAAUAAUUAAAAAUGUCUAAUUGUCUAAUUUAAAAUUAGUGUAGCGGAACAGUGAACUUUGCGUUACCAUGUAAAUGUUUAAAGUUAUACCAGUUGAGCCCCUAGAAUUUUAUGCUCGACUCUCACUCUCUCAGGUACAGUGUGGACCCAACGGAUCAUGACCUUAAUAUUACGUGGAAGAUUUCCCAGACAAAGCCAACCAAAUCACACCCGAGUAGAUGCCCUGGCUAGAGUAUCGAGCAAUGGAGAAAGAUUACAAUACACAUCCAUCUUCUGUUUCCAUUUACUCCAGCCACUGAUACCCAAAAUGCUGCUGCUGCAAAAAAAAAAAAAAAAAAGGAAAAA